AUGAUCGUUGAGCGUGUGAUCACCGUUGAGUAUCUCGACCCUUCUAUGUCCCGAGAACUUCUCUGCAAAUUCCCGGACGACUCGGCAUUCGGCUUCGACUACUCUCAGAGUGAGAUCUGGUCUCCGCUACUUCCUCGAGGCCGGAAUCUGUUGUGCUCUGCGUAUCAGGAGAAGAUCUGUGGAGCUUCUCGGGGUUUUCCUACUGGGGGGCUGAGAACAGUCAAGGACAAGAUGAUCAAGAAGAAGAAGAGGAAGGUGAUGCAGGGGAACUUCAAGAAAAGGCUGGAGUUCUCUCCUAAUCCAACUCCCAAAAGGGGAUGGAAGAAACUGUUCAGAGCAGCAGCUAAGCGAUUCAAAUCCCAACAUGUUUCUGCUUUCCAGAGGAUCUUACCAACUCAUGGAGUUUGA